GUGACGUGUCAUUUUCCGCACAGGCAUUAUGGGAUCCAGGAAUGAAGAAAAAAUCAUGAAACUCAGGCGAGAAGCGCGCUUAUAGAUCAUAUUUGUCAUAAAGAUCCUCUCGACCGUAACGAUCAGCAUGAUUAUGAUCGCGUGUGUGACACACAGCAGCGUUCGCGGCUGAAGACGGACACAUUUAUUGAUGUGUGUGCAGCACCGACGGUUAUUUAUGUGUCUCGCGCUGGAGCCGAAACAUACCGGUCGGUUUAAUUGAUUUAUUAAUCAUUCGUUAGAGUUGACUUAGUGUUGAAUGAGUGUGAAGAUGUCGACCAGCAGUCCCGAAGCGGUGAAGAAACUCCUGGAGAACAUGCAGGCGGAUCUGCGCUCUCUGUCCAUGGAGUGCAAGAAGAAAUUUCCUCCAGUCAAAGAGGCCGCAGAGUCUGGCAUCGUCAAGAUCAAAACCAUCGCUGCAAGAAACACAGACAUCCUGGCAGCGCUGAAGGAGAAUAGUUCGGAGGUGGUCCAGCCGUUCCUCAUGGGCUGCGGAACCAAAGAACCCAAAAUCACCCAGCUGUGUCUCGCAGCCAUUCAGAGACUCAUGUCACAUGAAGUCGUGUCUGAGGCGGCGGCCGGGAACAUCAUUAACAUGCUGUGGCAGCUGAUGGAGAACGGACUGGAGGAGCUCAAACUACUGCAGACCGUCCUGGUGCUGCUCACCACCAACACCAUCGUACACGACGAAGUGCUGUCCAAGGCCAUCGUUCUGUGUUUCCGGCUGCACUUCACAAAAGACAACAUCACCAACAACACAGCGGCCGCCACCGUCAGACAGGUCGUGACCGUGGUGUUUGAGAGGAUGGUGGCGGAGGACGAGAAAUUCAAAGGUCUGACGGAAGAGCCUCCUGCUGUACAGGGCAACAGUAACCGGCGCUCCGUCAGCACCCUGAGACCCAGCGCUAAAGACGCCUACAUGCUGUUCCAGGAUUUGUGUCAGCUAGUGAAUGCUGACGCCCCCUACUGGUUAGUGGGAAUGACCGAGAUGACCCGGACGUUCGGCCUGGAGCUGCUGGAAUCAGUUUUAAAUGACUUUCCUCAAGUUUUCCUGCAGCAUCAGGAGUUCAGUUUCCUGUUGAAGGAGCGUGUGUGUCCGCUGGUCAUCAAGCUGUUCUCUCCCAACAUCAAGUUCCGUCAGGGCAGCAGUACCAGCGCAUCAUCUCCGGCGCCCGUGGAGAAACCGUACUUCCCCAUCUGCAUGAGACUGCUGCGGGUCGUCUCGGUCCUCAUCAAACACUUCUACAGCCUCCUGGUAACGGAGUGUGAGAUCUUCCUGUCUCUGCUGGUGAAGUUUCUGGAUGGAGAGAAGCCGCAGUGGUUGAGAGCCGUGGCAGUGGAGUCUGUGCACAGACUGUGUGUUCAGCCACAUUUACUCCGAUCUUUCUGUCAGUCGUAUGACAUGAAGCAGCACUCCACCAAAGUCUUCAGAGACAUCGUCAAUGCUCUGGGCUCCUUCAUCCAGUCCCUCUUCAUCCUCCCCAGCGCAGGAAACACCUUAUCCACCAGCACACCUGCAGGUGGGUCGGUGUCGGGUUCACAGGCGUCGGGUCAGGGAGGUCCGGGUGCGGCAGGAGCAGGUGGAGGUCUGACCACACAGGCCGCUUUUGAGUACCGCGGCACCUGGAUCCCCCUCAUGAACGUCAGCGUCCAGGGCAGUGCCAAAGCCACCUAUCUGGAGAUGCUGGAUAAGGUGGAGCCGCCCUCCAUCCCUGAAGGUUACGCCAUGUCUGUGGCCUUCAGCGCCCUGUUGGAUCUGGUGAGGGGAAUCACAUCCAUGAUCGAGAGGGAGCUCUCCAAACAGGAACAGGAAGCUGCUAUGAGGGAGGAGGCGGAGCAUGUUAGUCCUCCACAGAGUGACAGCCGCCCUCAGGAACCCAUGGCUCAUGAGGUUUGGGAGGAGAUGGUGAACGCCUGCUGGUGCGGCUUGUUGGCGGCUCUUUCACUACUACUGGACGCCAGUACGGAUGAAACGGCCACAGAAAACAUCCUGAAAGCGGAGCUAUCCAUGGCAUCUCUGUGCGGCCGUUUGGGUUUGGUGACGCCGCGUGACGCUUUUAUUACGGCCAUCUGUAAAGCGUCUCUCCCGCCUCAUUACGCCCUCACCAUCCUGAGCAGCAACGCCGCCAACCUCUCCAAUAAAGUGUACUCUAUCCAGGGUCAGAGUGUACAGAUCGUCAGUCCGUCCAGUGAAUCUCACCAGCAGGUGGUGGCAGUGGGUCAGCCGCUCACCGCACAGCCACAGGGAACCGUAGUGCUCACAGCGAAGAACAUUCAGUGCAUGCGGACGCUGCUGAAUUUGGCUCAUUGUCACGGUGCUUAUCUGGGAACCUCAUGGCAGCUGGUUUUAGCCACAUUACAGCACCUGGUGUGGAUUCUGGGUCUGAAACCAGCUGUUGGUGGAGUUUUGAAACCCGGACGGGCAGUGGAGGGUCCGAGCACGGUUUUGACCACAGCAGUGAUGACCGAUCUACCCGUCAUAUCAAAUAUCCUGUCCAGACUCUUUGAAAGCUCGCAAUACCUGGACGACGUCUCUCUGCAUCACCUGAUAAACGCUCUGUGCUCGUUAUCCAUGGAGGCCAUGGAAAUGGCUUACGGAAACAACAAGGAGCCGUCUCUAUUUGCAGUGGCCAAACUGUUAGAGACCGGAUUGGUUAAUAUGGACCGGAUCGAGAUUCUCUGGAGACCGCUGACGGCUCAUCUACUCGAGGUCUGUCAGCACCCUAACGCUCGUAUGAGGGAGUGGGGCGCAGAGGCCAUCACCUCGCUAAUCAAAGCUGGACUCUCCUUCAAACACGAGCCACCGCUGUCCCAGAACCAGAGGCUGCAGCUGCUACUUCUGAACCCUCUGAAGGAGCUCUCCAACGUCCUUCACGCCGAUAUCCGACAGAAACAGCUGGAGUGUGUCCUACAGAUCCUACAGAACCAGGGAGACAUUCUCGGACCGGGGUGGCCUCUGGUGCUGGGGGUCAUUGGAGCGAUCCGCAAUGACCAGGGCGAAUCCCUCAUACGAACAGCCUUCCAGUGCCUGCAGUUGGUGGUGACCGACUUCCUACCCACAAUGCCUUGCAUGUGCCUCCAAAUUGUGGUGGAUGUAGCCGGCAGCUUUGGGCUCCAGAACCAGGAGCUGAACAUCAGCCUGACAUCUAUCGGCUUGCUGUGGAACAUCUCAGACUACUUCUUCCAAAGGGGAGAAGCUAUUACAGAAGAGCUGGAGAGGGAAGAAGCGGUUCUCUUGAAACAGGCCCAAGAUAAAGGUGAACCUCUAAACCGACCUUUUCACCCUGCGCCACCCUUUGACUGCCUGUGGUUGUGCCUCUAUGCCAAGCUGGGUGAGUUGUGCGUGGACCCACGGCCGGCUGUGAGGAAAAGCGCCGGCCAGACAAUGUUCUCCACCAUUGCCGCUCAUGGAACGCUGCUGCAACCACCGACCUGGAAUAUUGUGGUUUGGAAGGUUCUCUUUCAUCUGCUGGACUGUGUAAGGAAGUCCUCCACCACGGCUGACAAGGAAAAGAUUGAAUCUGGAGGUGGAAAUAUCCUCAUCCACCACUCACGCGACACAGCAGAGAAACAGUGGGCGGAAACAUGGGUUCUGACACUUGCGGGCGUAGCUCGGAUCUUCAACACCAGGAGAUACCUACUUCAGCAGCUGGGUGACUUUUUCAAGGCUUGGGAAGUUCUGUUGGACCACAUCCAGUCUGCUGCACUCAGCAAGAACAAUGAAGUUUCCCUUGCCGCCCUCAAGAGCUUCCAAGAGAUUCUCCAGCUAGUCACACCAAUUAAAGACACGGAUAAACCCGACGCUCUCGCCGCUAUGGACGUUCCUCCUGUCCUUAUCGAGUCUCUUCAAGGUUCUGGACCAGGAAGACCCCUAGUCCGGUCUGAUUCACUUGCCGAGCGACUAGCCCAACGCUACGGUGCCCAACCUUCACUUCCACCACCUGGAGAGGAGCUAGACGACUCUGCCCUUUGGUGGUCAGCGUGGAACACUUGGUACCGGAUAGGAACCGAGUGUACGCGCCCCCCUAGUGGUGGAACAGAUAAACUAGUGUUUGUACCCAGUCAACCUUUCCUGACGGCGCUAAUACAGAUUUUCCCAGCGUUGUACCAGCACAUCGCAGGAGGGUUCAGCAUGGAGGAUCUCAAGAAGCUGGGAGUGAUUCUGCAUGGAGCUGUAUCAGUCCCCAUAAGCUCAGACUCCUCGCCCUUUAUCUUGCCCUCCUACACAGAAGCGGUGCUCACCAGCCUGCAGGAAGCGGUCCUGACUGCCCUCGAUGUCCUGCAGAAGGCAAUUUGUGUGGGUUCGGAGAAUCUCCAGGUGAUGUAUCCCGCCAUCUUCGAGCAGCUCCUGCUGUUUGUGGAGUUCUCCUGUAAACCUCCUCAGUAUGGAAAGAUGGAGACCAAACACGUGGCCAAUGCCAAAUACAACCAGAUCCAACUGUUUGCACCGGCGGAGUGGGUGGCCUUAAACUACGUGCCGUUUGCGGAGCGUUCUUUAGAGGUGGUCGUCGAUCUGUACCAUAAAACGGCCUGUCACAAAGCCGUUAUCAACGAGAAAGUCCUACAGAACAUCAUCAAGACUCUGAGGAUUCCUCUGGGUCUGAAGUACGCCUGUCCUGCUGAGAGCACCUGGAAACUAGCCGUCUCCUCUCUGCUCAAAGUGCUUUCCAUUGGACUCCCUGUUGCCCGGCAACAAGCAUCCUCAGGCAAAUUUGACACGAUGUGGCCGGAGCUGGCGAACGCCUUCGAGGACUUCCUGUUUACCAAAAGCACACCUCCAGAUAAUCUGUCCAUACAAGAGUUCCAGAAGAAUGAAGCUGUAGAUGUCGAGGUGGUGCAGUUGAUCAGCACGGAGAUUUUACCAUUUGCCAAUUUCAUACCCAAAGAGUUCGUAGGUCGUAUCAUGAGCAUGCUUAAUAAAGGAUCGAUUCACUCCCAGUCAUCAUCAUUCACAGAGGCUGAAAUGGACAUCCGUAUGCGGGAGGAGUUCUCCAAAGUGUGCUUCGAGACGCUCCUGCAGUUCUCCUUCAGUAAUAAGGUGUCGACACCGCAGGAGGGCUACAUCUCCCGUAUGGCGCUGUCAGUGCUGCUGCAGAGGGCGCAGGACGUGCUCCGACGAUACGUGGAGGACGAGAGACUCAGUGGACGCUGCCCGCUGCCCAGGCAACAAGUGACUGAGAUCAUCUUUGUGUUAAAAGCCAUCAGCACUCUCAUGGAUUCCUUGAAAAAGACGCAGCCAGAAAACGUGGACGGGAACGUGUGGGCUCAGGUGAUCGCGCUGUACCCGACGCUGGUGGAGUGCAUCACCUGCUCGUCUCCUGAAGUAAGCUCCGCCCUCAAAGACGCCCUGGGGCCCUUCAAAGACUUCAUGCAACCGCCCGUCUCCAAAGUGCAGAACGGCGAAUCGUGACUGAACGUUUUUAUUCCACCGCAAACAUGAAUGUGACUGUUUCAUACGCCACGCGUGAGGACGAUUCACCCCCAUCGUCACGGCAAACGUCAUGUCGAUCGACAGCUCCAAACCCCAUCGUUCGAAGCUUCAUCUAAUACGAGCUGACGGUAGACUCUGAUUGGCCGACUUUAACGAUGUAUUAACUGCUACGUUCGAUUUGCAGUGUUUGUUGUUUUUAUGGGUUUUUGGUUUUUCUCCCCCCUCUUUGGAGUUCAUGUACAGUGUUUGGUGAUAGUGUUAAAGAUGUAAUUAAGAAUUACGUAUUUGGACUGAAAAUCAAAUCCGAAAAUCAUUUAAAAAGAGAGAACGAAAAAAUCAUAAUGAAUACAUGAAGGAUGGUCGGUCUUUUUUUGUGAAAUUUUCUCAACAGCAAUGGAUUUUAUGCAAGAUCUUACUGUAACAUUCCAUGUCAUCUUUAGUCACAUUGAGAAGGGUCGAACCCGGUGUGUGUACAAUAAUAAAUGGUACAGUUCUAUGAACAUCAA